ACCACCACUACACACGUCGCCGCACCAGGCACGAGCGCUUUCAUCAUCAUCUCCGCCAGCGUCUUACAUCACCCUCACCAUCGCGACCCGAAUCCCACGCGCGCAUCCGUGGCGAACAAACCCAUCAAUCCACGAUUGCGUAUUUUGAUCCGUUGAAUUAAUCCUCCGCCCUUGCCCGCAUUGCCUGCAUUGCCCGCAUCGGAGCACCACCGUCCACCACCAUGGCGCUCGACGAAUACUACCACAACAAGAUCGAGGCGAUGAAGCUCGAGAUCCUCAAGGGUCAAGCAGCUCUUCGCCGCCUCGAGGCACAAAGAAACGAUUACAAUUCUCGCGUACGAUUGCUGCGCGAGGAACUCGGUCUCCUGCAGCAGCCGGGCUCCUACGUCGGCGAGGUCGUCAAGGUCAUGGGCACCAAGAAGGUCCUUGUCAAGGUCCAUCCCGAGGGCAAAUACGUCGUCGAUAUUGCCGACAGCGUCGAUGUUUCAAAGCUCACCGCCGGCAAGCGCGUAACCCUCCUCUCCGACAGCUACAAGCUUGAAAAGAUGCUCCCUUCUUCUGUCGACCCCCUCGUUUCUCUCAUGAUGGUCGAAAAGGUCCCCGACAGCACAUACGACAUGAUUGGUGGUCUGGAUCAGCAGAUCAAGGAAAUCAAGGAAGUCAUCGAACUAGGUCUCAAGCACCCCGAACUCUUCGAAUCGCUCGGUAUUGCUCAGCCAAAGGGUGUAUUGCUCUACGGCCCUCCCGGUACCGGAAAGACGCUGCUUGCGCGAGCCGUCGCCCAUCACACAGCCUGUAAAUUCAUCAGGGUGUCGGGUUCUGAACUGGUCCAAAAAUACAUUGGUGAGGGAAGCCGAAUGGUUCGUGAGCUCUUCAUCAUGGCCCGAGAACACGCCCCGUCAAUUAUAUUCAUGGAUGAAAUCGACAGCAUUGGUUCUUCGCGUGUCGAAGGCUCGUCAGGCGGCGACUCUGAAGUCCAGCGUACCAUGUUGGAGCUGCUGAACCAGCUCGACGGCUUUGAGCCCACAAAGAACAUCAAGAUUAUUAUGGCGACCAACCGUCUCGACAUUCUCGACCCUGCCUUGUUGCGACCUGGACGUAUCGACCGCAAAAUCGAAUUCCCUCCCCCAAGUGUCGAAGCCCGAGCCGAUAUCUUGCGCAUUCACAGCCGCAAGAUGAACCUGACAAGAGGAAUCAACCUGACCAAGAUUGCUGAGAAGAUGAACGGAUGCUCUGGUGCCGAACUCAAGGGUGUCUGCACGGAAGCUGGUAUGUAUGCUUUGCGUGAGCGCCGUGUCCAUGUCACACAAGAAGACUUUGAGCUUGCGACGGCAAAGAUUCUCAACAAGCAUGACGACAAAGAAGUGUCGCUGGGCAAGUUGUGGAAGUAAAAUAGAAAUAUGUUGCAAAGAAUAAGGAUGGAAAGCAUAGGAUACGAUGGCGGCGUCAGCGUCGUGAAAAUAGAAAUUGUAUCAAUAUUGAUAUCCGUGACUCCCCCAUUUUCUAAAGACUUCAUUAAUCUACGUGAUAUUUUCUGACGAGUAAGACAUCAGCCAGCGCUCGUAUAAACCGCAUUCAUCUUUCAGUGUGUUAUUUACGUUGGUCAGGUUCGCCGACUGGGGAAAAGACGCCAUGCAUGCCACGGUAUGGCGCUGGCUUUGCUGGAGACCAGCCUACGUUGUUCAGAAUACUUUCAUCAGCAAGACGAUAUACUUGCACAUGCAGAGGACGGCAGCAUUUAAUCAUCUCCUCGGCACUGUCGCUACCGAAACCCCACUUGGAGAGAUCUCCUCCUGGGCAAG